AUGCCAGGUCCCAAACAAGCCUCUGUGCAACUACCCAUCAUUGAUAUCUACCAAACAAUACUGUCACCUUCUUCCCUCUCAUCCAUCUCCCAAGCAUGCAAAGACUUGGGCUUCUUCCUCAUCACCAACCAUGGCAUUUCCCAGGACCUUUACAACUCCCUUUACUCACUCUCCAACCAUCUCUUCAACCUCCCUUUGGACACCAAACUCUUGUUAGGCCCUUCAACCCCUGUCAACACUUACACUCCCCUCUUCAUUGCUUCUCCUUUCUUUGAAAGUCUCAGAGUCUCUGGCCCUCAUUACUUUUCCUCAGCCAAGUCUUCUGCUGAUCUUCUUUUCACCAAUAAUACUACUACUGAUUAUACUUCUCAGUUCUGCAGUGUGAUGGAGGAGUAUGGGAACAAGAUGGUGGAGUUAUCAAAGAGAAUCAUAGCAGUUGUGUUAGAGUGUUUGGGUGAUGGAUUUGAGAUGAAGUAUUGUGAGUCUGAGUUUAGUCAAUGUCAUGGAUAUUUAAGGAUUAAUAACUACAUUGCACCAGAAGUAGUACAAGAAGAAGAAGAGGAAGAAGAAGGUGGUAAUGGUUUGGGAGAGAUUGAAGGACUGGGAAUGCACACAGACAUGAGUUGCAUAACAGUUUUGUACCAAGAUGAAAGUGGAGGACUUCAGGUGAGAUCAAAAGAAGGAUGGGUGGACAUAGAGACUGGAGAAGGGACACUUGUGGUGAACAUUGGGGACCUUUUGCAGGCAUGGAGCAAUGGGAGAAUGAGAUCAUCAGCACACAGGGUGUUGUUGAAGAAGAAGAAGAAGGUUAGAAGGAUGUCAUUGGCAUUCUUUUGGUGUUUUGAGGAUGAGAAGGUGAUAAUGGCUCCAAGUGAUGUUGUGGGAGAAGGGAAGGAGAGGAUUUACAGGCCAUUUGUUUGCAAGGAAUAUGUUGAGUUCAGGCAGAGUAGUGUUCAGGGGAGGUUUGAUAAGGUUGGUUUUACUGUUGAUGAUUUUGCUGCAAUUAUUGGUUCAUGA